GCGCCGCCUUGGGCUCGGCCGUCGGUGUCCUGCGCGCGGCCCUGCGGACCCCCUGCGCACCCGGCCGCCUCGGCGCCCCGGACCCGAACGUUUUCUCGGCAAGCUCGAGCCCCCGCAGCGGACGCUAGAGGCCCGGGAUGGUUCCGUCCAACACGACCGCGCUGACGCCCUUCCUGACGGCGCUGUGGCAGCUGGGGACGGUGGCGCCGGGCGGCAACGCGUCGGGCGUGGCGCGCAGGUCGCCGCGCAGCGAGGACGGCCAGCUGGCCGCGCUCUACAUCCUCAUGGUGCUGGGCUUCUUCGGCUUCUUCACCCUGGGCAUCAUGCUGAGCUACAUCCGCUCCAAGAAGCUGGAGCACUCCCACGACCCGUUCAACGUGUACAUCGAGUCGGACUCCUGGCAGGAGCAGGACAAGGCGUACUUCCAGGCGCGGGUCCUGGAGAGCUGCAAGGCGUGUUACGUCAUCGAAAACCAGCUGGCGGUGGAGAGGCCCCGCACGCACCUCCCCGAGAUAAAACCUCUGUCGUGAUCCCACGGUUGGUUAAAGCCAGACCGAUUCUGCCUGGCGAUCUGGUUUUUCUCAUCCCGUGCCUGUUGUGCUCUUUCUGGUAGCGAUGUCCUUAGGGUGUUUUGCAGAUCGUAAGGGGUGAGGGGUUAGUUAGCAUCAUAGCACUGUUCCUCUGCAAUCCCGUUCCUUCCCUGGGGACUGCCCGCUGCUCCCCAGUGUCUGUCCCUGCCUUGUUGAUUUUAGCAGCAGUCCUGAGAUCACGGCCUCUGAGAAGAGCUCUAUUUCCCAGACUCCCUUGCAAGGGUCCUAGCCAGGUCCCGUAGUGACGUUUGGGCCCAUAGAAGUGGGAUUCUUGAGAAGGAAAGGCUGAGUCCUUCACUUCCCUUUGUCCCCCCUUCCCAGUGGCUGGGACAGGGAUGUGGUAGUGAGCCAGCUGUGACUCUGGAAAAGGACAGCAUCCUCAGGGAUGGCAGAGCAGCAAGAGUCUGGGCAACGUUGUGGAGCAGGGUCGCCCUACCUUCCUGCUCACCCAUCAGCUCAGGCAUUCCGGGAAACAAACUAACUCUGACCUUCCUUAGACACCUGUUAUUUUGGUUCCUGUCAAAAUAAGAGUCAGUAUCCUAACUAGUAUCCUAUUUUAUAGGACAGAGACCAGACGCAUAAUAACUCCCGUAUUUAUCACAAGCUUACCCUCUGCCCUAGUCACAGGACAAGACCACUCUGCCCUUGUCACUAAUGCCCUUGCUGCAGUGACUCUGGCCUCCUCUUCCUCCCUUCCUCCCGCCCCUCCCCUACAUCAACCCCUCACACAUACCCCCUCCAAAC